AUGACGACGGAUGGAAAUUCUCCAUCAUACCAGAAACAACUAUCUAAUAGCGGUAGAAAUGAUAACUCUACACCAGCGAAUACAGUUCCACCGGGCCUACCAUCAUACUAUAAUCCAGACGGUGGACCUCCAACUCAACAAACUACUUCACCAGGAGCUGCCAACAACACUGACAUUGAUCAUGGAACAGAAUCUAUGCAUCUAGUAGGCACACAAAUUAAUAUCAAUAAACAAAAAUGUAUAGUCAAAGGAAGAGUCAAUUGUGGUACUGAGGAACUAUAUGCAGUGGAGAGUGAUAAGUCACUCUCUGGAUAUGAUGGACGAUGUCCAAAAUGUCGCACAAAUCAUGUACACUUCGAUGAUCCAAAUAGAGGCUUUUAUAUGUCGGUGAAAAAUGCACAUGAUGUAGUUACAAAACAAAAACUAGAUAAUGAACGUUUAAAAGGUCGAAAAGAUAUUCCACAACUAACAAAUAUAGUAGAGAAUCUACCACCACUUGAUCAACCCAUACUUGGCAAAAAUAAAGGUAUCGAAGGUGAUUCAAACUCAUGUUAUAUGGAUGCAACUAUCUUUUGUAUGUUUGCAUAUAAUAAUGUGUUUGAUAAACUACUUCAUAUGGAAGUCAAAACAGAACCACUAAAAAUAUUACAAAAAGUACUACGUGAAACUAUUGUUCAUGUACUUCGCGACCAAAGAAAUGGCUUUGUUCAACGUGAUGCUCUUUUUCAUCUACGACUUCAACUUAGUGAAGCAACACAUGAUCCAUCAUUCAAAGAAAUGGAAAAAGAUCCAAGUGAAUUUCUUCGAGCAUUUGAAACACUUUUUCAAUAUGCACCACUCAAAACGAUUUCACCUGAUCAACCACCAAAACCAGAUGAAUCAAACAUUACGACAAAUAUUAUUUGGGAAAUGUUUGAUGCUAACCCACAUCGAUUACCUUCAACAAAUAUUGCUAGUAUAUUUCGAAAUUCACUUUCAGAAAUACCAGCUAAACUAGCAACAAUUCCACCUUUUCUUGUUUUGGUUGCUCCUCGUUAUGCACUUGCUCAACGUUCUUAUCGUUAUAUUAUACCUGAUCGUGAAAUUACACUUGAUAAUUCUAUUGUUCAACUUGUUUGUCUCAAAUGUCAAAAAACAAAUCACGAUCCUGAAACAUCAAAGGACUUUUAUUUUUGUAAUGAAUGCUAUAAAAAAGAAUCACCAUCAUUAUCUACAGUAACAAAUGAUGCUACGAUUACAUGUUAUUGUACAAGUUGCUCAGCUGAUUUGCAUAAACAUUUAGCUGGAUCAAAUCAUACUCAUCACACAAAACGAGUUUCAAUGGAUAAAAUUAAACUUAAUCUUUUUGCUGUAUUAUGUAUUGAAACAAGUCAUUAUGUUGCUUUUGUCAAAUGUCAAAAACGAAAUCCAUUACAACAUGAAUGGCUAUUUUUUGAUAGUAUGAGUGAUCGAAUGUAUGAUGAACAGAAUGUACCUCUUGUCGAUCGUGUACCAGAUUUUGAUCAAUGGAUUAACGAUGCUGAAAAAGGCAAAGAUGAGUUUUUUAACUGGUUGGACGAUCGUCGAGGAAAAAGACAACCUACAUCACAAACAUUUAGUGAAAACAGUAUGCGACAACUACGUUUAUUUCGUGAUGGUGCUUUUUUCUUUUAUGAAAA